AUGCCUGUCGGUCUCACCUAUCCCAGCCUUCAAAGCGUUUUGGAACAUUUGGAGGCAGUGAAGCGUGCACAUAUAAUUGCUCGUUACCCAGGCCUUCGACGAGUAGAUAAGUUAAUUACACUUUAUCUGGAGAUCCUUAAUAUUGGAGGAGGGGAUCUCACUUUCAACAAAUUAUUAAUUACGUGUGAUAAAGAUGAAGUGAAAUUCUAUAUGAAUGGGAAAACAUUCAUCCGACAGAGAACGGAAAGUCAGGAAGAAAAAAUGAAGAAAAUAAUCAACUUUUAUAUUCCUGGAAGAUCAACAAUCCGUGUGCACAAGAUGGAUUGGGUUCACAGUUCGCUCCCAGUUUUCUUGCCUGCCGAUCUAAAAUUGAGAGUGAAUUUUUUGAAAGCACUCUACUGUGAAAGCUUUGAAGAAGCAAUUCCAUUAAUAGACCCUCGUAGCUUUCCUCUUAAAACUGUUGUUACUAUCCCUGAAUCCUCAAACUUUGACAGCCAAAUCGUUCAGUUAGCAGAAACUCUUAUUCUGGACUUUUUUAUUGAUGAAACAGUCACUGUUGAAGACCUCAAGAAACUUAACAACAAGACAGUGGUAUUCGAAUGCUUCAAUUCCAAAAUUGAUAUGGUUUCAUUGAUUAAGUACCACGUUGAAACUAGAAAGAAGGUUGACACCACAUUUGUGAUUUCAACAAGUGCAAAGGGUUUUAUCAAUGAUAUGCUACAUCAGUUCGAACUUGUGUUUGGUGAAUACAAAAGUGAUCUGGAUGGCAUUGAUGAAAGAUUUAUUCCCGAAUUGUCUAAGUUCUCCAUCCCAAUCAACAACGAAUCUAGAAUCCAAGUGUACGCAAUCGAGGAUCCAGAAGAAAAAUAUCUGCGUAAUAUAAUUGUGAAACCAGUGACAGAAAUCUCUGGAAUAUAA